AUGGUUACAUUCAUAAAACAACAUGUAGUUAAUUAUACAAUAAUGAAUUCUUUAAUUAUUCUACAAUUAUUAUUAUUAUUAUUGUCGUUAUAUACUACUGAUGGUAAACUAAAAAUAUGCAAUUUUGAUAUACCCAAUAUAAAAACUAAUAAACCAUGUAAUAUUGAACGUAUAGAAAAAGCUGGUAGACGACAUCAAUUUUUAUUAUUUAAUGCAAAUGAAAUCAAUAUUACAUUUCAUUUAUUUUGUCCAAUAUGUCCAGAUGAAAGAUUAGAUCUAUUUGAAUGGAAUUAUAUACCACAUUAUAAAAAGUAUAUUAUAUUUAUUAGAUCUAAUAAAACAUUAUAUGAAAGUGAUACUAUGCUUAAUAAUAAAUUAUUAGAAAGAAUUAAACAAGAUCCAUUCAAUGAUCUUUGUAUUAGUAAAUCUAAUUUACAAUUAAUUGGACAAAAUAUUAAUGCAAAUAAAUAUUUAGGAACAUAUGUUUGUCAAUAUAUAAAAGAUAAAAUGCAUCCAGCUAAUUUUAUUUGGUAUCAUUUAUAUAGAAUUGGUUCAUUGAAACAAAAUUCUAAAUUAAUAAACAUAUCAAAUAUACAACAAAUACAUAUAUUACAUAAUCAAAUGAAUAUUACAUUAAACAAUAUUACUGAAUUAGCUAAUUAUCAUUUACGUUUUAUGACUAUUAUAUUUAAAAUAAAUGACGAAAAUGAAGUUAGAAAACAUUGCGGUAAAAUUAAAUUCAAUCAAUAUAGACGUUGUUAUUUGAAAAUACCACGAUUUGAAUCAGAACUAAAAGAAACUAUCAAGAAUGAUGACAACAACAAUAGCACCAUCAUCAUCAACAACAACAAUGGUAAUGAUUAUGAAAUGAUGGAAAUUAAUAAAAUAUUAAGAUUAUCAUUUGAAUACUUUACACGAUUAUAUGAUUCUAAAUUGAAUGGUUCUAAACAAUUAGCUAUGAAUAAAGCUAAACGUUUAGGAUUUAAAUUAUACAUUGAUGAUUAUUUUAUUCAUAUACCAUGUGAAUAUGAAUUAUUACAGCAUAUAUGGAUACCAAUAAUAGAUAAAUUUUUACUUACUAGUAAACAUAUAGAAAUUCAUGAUGAACUAAUAUGCGAUCAAAUUGAUCCAAUCAUCAAAUGGAUCAAUCUAAAUAAACAAAUAUAUCAAAUGAAUAAAACAAAAACUUUUCUCAUUAAAACUAUUCAACAGAAUUCUUUUCAUUUAUCAAUACAAAAUCAUCAAUUGUUUAAUGAAUAUCAACAAAAUUUAAUAGUGAAAUAUGAUCCAAAUAAAAUGAAACAAUUAAAAUGUACAAAUUUAAUGAAUUCUAAUGUAUCUUGGUUAUUAUCAAGUAAUAACAAUCAUAAUUAUACAAUAAACAUAGAAAAAACAAACUUACCUUAUAUUAUAAAUAAUUGUGAUUUGAAAUUUGGAAUUCUUCUUAAAACUAAUAAUGGUACAUAUGAUUGUUGUCAUGGGAGAAAUUCAACUUUUAAUAUGAUGAUGAUUAAUAAAGGAAAUAACAUCAUUAUUGGUGCAAUUAUUUUAACUGUAUGGUUAUUGAUAUCACUAAUUAUUUGGGUACUUUUUUUUGUUGUAUAA